AUGGGUCACCAGGAAGAGCCGCCAGAGAUUUGCAGAACACACAGUGGCCAUGAAUGGGGAGGCGAGUCUGCAGAAAAGGUAUCCCAUCCUUCGACCCAGGAGGUGGCCUGGGAUGAGCCAGCCGAUCCUGCGCGACCGGUGAGCUGGUCGAGAACCAAGAAAUGGUGGAAUAUGGGAAUCAUCUCAUAUCUCACCUUUCUCACACCCUUGACCUCGUCCAUCGUCGCACCAGCACAGGGGCUCGUGAUGAAAGAAUUCGGUUCCACCAACCGGACUCUAGCUUCCUUCGUCGUCUCCAUCUACCUCGUCGGCUUCGCCGUCGGACCGCUGUUUCUGGCGCCGCUCUCGGAAAUCUAUGGUCGGCUGCGCGUCUACCAGGUGGGCACGUUAAUCUUUACGGUCUGGAAUAUCGCAGGCGCUCUCUCCCCGAACGUCGGUGCGCUUCUCGUCUUUCGCCUAUUCGCUGGAAUUUCCGGCAGCAGUCCGGUCACCCUGGGCGCGGGCUCGGUCGCGGACAUGUUUGCUCGAGAGGAGCGUGGAGUCGCCAUGUCCAUCUAUGGGCUGGGCCCGCUCCUGGGGCCCGUCAUUGGGCCGAUCGCAGGUGGCUACCUUUCCGAAGCACAAGGCUGGCGAUGGUCAGGAGUCGCCGUUAUUCUGGUUAUUUUUGUGCUAUCCGAAUCCUACGAGCCGGUUCUCCUGCGGCAAAAAGCGAAUCGAGUCAGAAACGAAACCGGAUCGGGGGCAGUGAACGCUGGACGGGUCCUGAAGCUGGACUCUAAGAAGGUGAGUGUGGUUUUCGGCUACCUCUACCUGCUCUUCACCACGGUCACGGAAGUAUACGAAACCACCUACCAUUUCAGCCAGGGCGCCACCGGACUUGUGUACAUCGGCAUUGGUGUCGGAGCCCUCAUUGGUAUCUCCAGCUUCGGCGCCGUUUCCGACCGGAUCCAAAAUCGCCUCAUCGCCCGAAACAAUGGCCAACCAGAGCCAGAAUUCCGACUCCCGCCGCUCAUCCCAGGGAGCUUCCUGAUACCCAUCGGUCUCUUCUGGUACGGCUGGUCCGCCCAGAUGCAUGUCCACUGGAUCAUGCCCAUUAUCGGGCUGAGCUGGGUCGGCUGCAGGAUGAUCGCCACCCUGCUUCCCAUCCAAGCGUAUCUGGUGGACGCGUUUGGCGAAUAUGCUGCCUCCGCCAUAGCGGCUAACACGGUCGUACGGUCCAUUGUCGGAGCCUUCCUGCCGCUUGCCGGACCCUCGAUGUAUGCGAAGCUGGGGCUGGGAUGGGGGAACUCCUUACUGGGGUUUGUCACCUUGUGUUUGCUGCCGGUGCCGGUGGUGUUCUACUUUUAUGGCAAGAAGAUCCGCAUGAACUCACGGUAUCAGGUCUCGGCGUGA